AUGACGCUACCUUGUUUUAUGCUUCUCUGUGUUAAAAACAGCAAUCUUAAUGCCAACAAUCUCACUGGAUCAUUACCUCGGGACCUCACUAAUAUCACCAACUUAAAAGAUUUAGAGAUCCAAGGUAGUGGUCUUGAAGGGCCCAUUCCCUCUAGCAUUUCUGUCUUGACUAAUUUAACUGAUCUAAGGAUCAGUGACCUACUUGGGGAAGGUUCUAAGUUUCCGUAUUUAGGAAACAUGACAAAAAUGAAUUAUUUGAUGUUGAGGAACUGCAAUAUAUCUGGACCUUUUCCCGACUAUAUACUAAAUAUGGGAAGUCUGAAAAUUCUAGAUCUUAGUUUCAAUAGAUUGACUGGGAAUCUUCCAGUUCCAACAAUUAAUAAUGAUAACCUGGCAAUCUGUUUGGCAAACAACUUGCUAACUGGAGCCAUCCCGAACUGGAUCACAACCAGACCUAGAAAAAGUGCAACCGAUAUUUCUUACAAUAAUUUUUCUGAAACUUCUGUCCCAGUUGCUUGCCGAGAUAAUCUGAAUUUGUUCAAAAGCUCUUAUGGAGGGAACAAUUCAAAGGCUGUGGAGUGCUUGCGCAGCCUUCCUUGUUCAAAAGAUCGUUAUUCGUUGCAUAUAAACUGCGGUGGACAAGAAAUCACCAUUGGGAAGUUCAGCUACGAAGCAGAUGAAGGGUACGGAGGUGAAGCACAAUAUGUUCCCUUGAAAGACAACUGGGCAGUUAGUACCACUGGACGUUUUUGGGAUGUAAAUAACACAGCAAACAUGUUUAUAGGAAAAAAUGUGUCCAUGCUAAGAAUGAGUAACUCUGAAUUGUACACAAAUGCACGUCUAUCUCCCCUCUCUCUCACAUACUAUGCGCGUUGUUUAGUGAAUGGGAAUUACACUGUGAAGCUUCACUUUGCGGAGAUAGUAAUCAGGGAUAACAGAUCCUUCCAAAGUCUGGGAAGACGGAUAUUUGAUGUUUAUAUCCAGGAUGAGCUCGUAUUGAAGGAUUUUGAAAUCAAGAAGGAAGCACCAGGGGUAGAUAAAGUACUAAUUACACCAUUUAAAGCCGUUGUUAAGAAUGGAACUUUAGAGAUCCGCUUUCGAUGGGUUGGGAAAGGAACAACAAUUGCUCCACAAAAAGGAAUAUACGGGCCUCUCAUAUCUGCUAUUGAUAUGGAAGCUGAUUUCAAGCCUCCGAAAAACUGGAAGAAGUUCAUUGUGGCUGGAGCCGUUGUUUUGCCAUUAUUCCUCAUUUUCAUUAUUGUAGGCACUCUUUGGUGGAAAGGUUGUUUAGGAGGCAGGGUAUUAAGGGAAAGAGAUCUUAAGGGGCUGGAUCUGCGAACUGGUUCCUUCACUUUGAGACAACUAAGAGCUGCCACUAACAAUUUUGAUUCCGCAAACAAGAUUGGAGAAGGUGGUUUUGGGCCUGUAUACAAGGGUGAAUUAUUAGAUGGUACCAUUAUAGCUGUGAAGCAACUAUCUUCCAAAUCCAGGCAAGGAAAUCGUGAAUUUGUGACUGAAAUAGGAAUGAUAUCUGGUUUACAGCACCCAAAUCUUGUAAAGCUUUAUGGAUGUUGUAUUGAAGGAAAUCAGUUACUGCUGGUAUAUGAGUACAUGGAAAACAAUAGCCUUGCAUAUACACUCUUUGGUUCAGAAACAAGUUCUCUGAUGUUGGAUUGGGCAACAAGACAGAAGAUUUGUGUAGGAAUAGCCAGAGGUCUAGCAUUUCUCCAUGAAGAAUCAGCACUUAGGAUCGUCCAUAGAGACAUCAAAGCAACAAAUGUCCUGCUUGAUAAGGACCUGAAUGCCAAGAUAUCAGAUUUUGGACUAGCAAAGCUCUGUGAGGAGGAGAAUACUCACAUUAGCACAAGAAUUGCAGGAACCAUAGGAUAUAUGGCUCCAGAAUAUGCACUCUGGGGUUAUCUAACAGAAAAGGCAGACGUUUACAGCUUUGGGGUUGUUGCUUUGGAAAUUGUCAGUGGAAGGAGCAAUGCCAGUUACAGGCCGAAAAAUGAGGCUGUUUGUCUUCUUGACUGGGCCUUUAUUUUGCAACAGAAAGGAAAUUUAAUGGAAAUAGUGGACCCAAGGUUGGAAUCUGAAUUCAACAUGGAAGAGGCUGAAAGGAUGCUUAAAGUGGCUCUUUUAUGCACGAAUGCAUCACCAACGAUAAGGCCUACAAUGUCAGCAGCUCUGAGAAUGCUUGAAGGGCAAACAAGCAUUAAGGAAGUGGCAUCAGAUCCUAGCAUUUAUGCUGAUGGCAUGCGAUUUAAACCCAUCAAGGAUCAUUACCAGCAGACAUCACACGAUGGUUCCAGCACAAGCCAUGCACCUAUUUUUUCAUCUGAUAAUACAGGGAUUGGAUCUUCCACUACAUCUGCUCAUGAUCUCUACCCGGUUAAUCCUGAGUCCAUAAGUUUUGACAUCAGUGAAACUUCACCACUUCCAUGCUAGUGUUAUGUUCGAUAAGCAAGAUAAUUUCGAAAUUUCGUAUGGUUCAGGUGCUUGCUUAAUUUAUGUUGCUGUAACAUAAUUCUCUUCAUGUGAAAUAAUCUAGGAAACAGAAAUUAUGAUGUGUAAUUAACUUAUUAAACAAGUUUGGUUGGCAGGAAAAUGAAUUGCCUAUUUUCAGCAUCCUAAA